ACAACACAAAAUGGCAAACCUCAUUAUCCGUAGUGUCCUGGUCACUGGUUCUAGCCGAGGAAUUGGCCUGGAACUAGUCAAGACUUUUCUCAGAAAACGGAAUCCACCAGAACAUGUCUUUGCAGCUUGUCGGAAUCCUGAAACAGCUCAGGAACUAAAGUCACUGACCUCCAAACACUCAAACCUUGUGAUUGUUAGGAUGGAUGUAACAGACAAAGCAAGCAUUGAAGAAGCAUAUGUUGUGGUAGAGGAGGCCCUUAAGGGACAUGGGCUAAACUUACUGAUCAACAAUGCUGGUAUUGUCACCUACCAUAUGAUUGAUGAAACUACAGCAGAGGACAUGAUAAGAGUGUAUAAAACCAAUACAGUGGGACCAAUGCUGGUCACUCAAGCACUUGUUCCCUUGCUGAAGAAAGCAGCACAAGAUAAUCCUACUGAAGUAAUGAGCUGCAGCAAGGCUGCUGUGAUCCACAUAUCCAGUGAUUUAGCAUCCAUAGAAAGAGCCUCACUUGAAUUGUUGCCAGAAAUUCUUAUAGAAUACCGCUGCAGCAAGGUGGCGCUGAAUAUGCUGACACGAUGUCAGGCAGAGACCUACAAAACUGAUGGGAUUACCACCGUGACAUUUGCUCCUGGCUGGGUCCAAACCGACAUGGGUGGUGCAAAGGCACCGCUGAAGCUGCAUGAGAGUGUGGGUGGGAUGAUGGAAGUGUUUGACACCCUGACAGAAAUACACAAUGGAAUGUUUCUGAAUUGGCAAGGACUGGCUAUCCCUUGGUGAGUUUGAGGCUCAAUCAAGACAGAUGUA